AUGACGAAUGUAGGUUUCCCUUUCCAAAUGCCGAUGCUCACAAAGAACAACUAUGACAAAUGGAGUAUCAAGAUGAAGACGCUACUAGGAGCUCAAGAUGUGUGGGAUAUCAUUGAGAAAGGCUUUAAGGAGCAAGAUGAAGCCUCGCUAAGUCAAUGUGUAAAGGAGACAUUGAAGGAGUCAAGAAAGAGAGACAAGAAAGCUCUCUUCCUCAUUUAUCAAUCGGUGGAUGAAGAUACAUUUGAGAAGAUCUCCAACGCAACGACGACCAAAGAAGCAUGGGACAAACUUCAAACUUGCAACAAAGGAGUGGAACAGACCAUGACUAUUGAACAACUCAUGAGUUUCUUACAAGCAUGCGGAGAAAAACAAAAGAGAAAAAAUAAACAAAAUGAGGCUAUGGAAAAACUACUAGAAAUCAACAUAAAGGAAACAAGCUAUGUGAAUUACAAGAGUCAAAGAGGACGAGGUCGUGGCCAAGAUUGUGGACAUGAACGAGGACAUGAAGGAGAAGGAAGAGGCAGUUACAACAACUACUCUAACAAUGGAGAAAGAAGUUGGAAUCCACAAGCAACAAGAGGUCGUGGAAGAGUAAAUUCAUGGUCGAGAUUCUCAAAGAAAGUUGUGGAGAAAGCUAACUUUGUAGAAGAAAAAGGCGGAGAAGAAGAAACUUUGUUGCUCGCGUGCCAAAACCAAGUUGAAGAGAAAAGAAACAAAUGGUACCUCGAUACUGGCGCAAGCAAUCGCAUGUACGGCGAUCGAAGCAUGUUCGUAGAGAUCAAUGAAGCGACAACUGGCAAUGUCUCAUUUGGAGAUGACUCAAAGAUACCGGUCAAAGGCAAAGGUAAAAUUCUUAUACGCUUGAAGAAUGAGAGUCAUCAAUUCAUAUCCAAUGUCUACUAUGUUCAUAACAUGAAGAAUAAUAUUUUGAGCUUGGGACAAUUAUUAGAGAAAGGAUAUGACAUCCAUUUGAAAGAACAUAGUCUUUUCUUAAGAGAUUGUAGACAUAACUUGAUUGAUAAGGUGCCUAUGUAA